AUGGAGUCUUCUUCUCUGCGCAAUGCUGUGCAUCGGCGACAGCACAAAGAGCGUGGUCAGCUCAAUAGGCGCAAGAACCUCGGUCUGCUGGAGAAGCACAAGGACUAUGUGGAGCGAGCACGAGAUUACAAUUCCAAAAAGGAGAGGUUGAAGCGUCUGGGACAAAAGGCGAUGGACAAGAAUGAGGAUGAAUUCUAUUUUGGCAUGAUCAAGAGUAGGACAGAAGGCGGUGUGCAUAUCGCAAAUCGAGAGACUUCCCAAGUGCUGCCGCGGGAUGAAGUCGCGCUGCUCAAGACACAGGACAGCGCAUACAUCGUCACUCAGAUCAGAGCGGAAAAGAAAAGGAUGGAGAAGCUGGUGCAGAGGAUCGCUCCGAUGGUGUCGCAUAUGCGUGGAGAGUGGCUAGAUGCGAAAGCGGAACGACGGGGCGCACUUAGGAUAGCUGGACUGAUCGCUGCGGAGCCAAGGACAGGCAAAAGGCCCACGGUGGCGGAUACGCUUGGGCACGGUGGUAGAAGAACAGUGUGGGUCGAGGGCGUGGAAGAAUGUAAGUGUCUGCCACUGGAAGACGAAAACAGCUUAAUCGCGCAGUCUCAGACUGACUUCUGCAAUCAAUUGUGAAGUACGCGCAUAUAAACCGCUUUCUUCGGAGCUACCGUUGCUCGGCUCCCCAGCUGCGGCAGCCUCGAGCGCUCCGGAGACUCGCAGAGUGGGAUCGAUCAAGGGUCAAGACGACGACGAGGACGAAGACGAGGAUGCGGCAAUGUCCGAUGACGAUGCGAGCAGCGUGGAGUCGGACGAAGCUUCUGCUUCUUUACCCAGUCGUGCGGCCAAGAAAGCGGACCAGGACGCGAGAGCAGCAGAUCGCAAAACAUUCGAGGUAAGCGAUAGACUCCCCGGCACGUGCAUCUGUUUUCCACAAAUGCUCAUUCAAAACCUUUGCUACACUCGUUCCCAUUCAGAAGCACGCCUCGGCGCUGCUUGCCGAGCUUCAGGCGCGCCAAGUCCGUCUCAAGACGCUCGAAUCGGUCUUGUCAAAGCUCUCCACUGUCAGAGCGCUCAUCAGCACCUCCAAAAGUGGCGGCACAUCGGCUCGCAAAGUGAGAGCGAAGGAGGCGAACGCAAAAGAGGCGGUGGCAGCUGGUGGCGUGGCUGGCAAGCAUGGGCUCUCGCUAGCCACGGGUGCGAAUGGUGACAAUGGCAGAUCCUCUAGAUCGAUUUGGAGAUGGAGCAAAGAGAGGAAGCGUUGA